GAUUCAUCCAAUAUAUUUGGAGUGGAUUCAACCAAUAUAUUUGGGGCGGAUUCAUCUAGCAUUUUUGGGGCAGAUUCAACUAAUGUACUUGGAGAGAAUCCAACCAAUAUGUUUGGAACAGAUUCCACCAAUAUAUAUGGAGUAGAUACAAAUAUAUAUAGGGAUUCGUCAAAUGUUCUUAAAGAAUCGAAAGUAGCAAAUUCUGACGAUCCACAAACAAAUUAUUUUGUCGAUAGUGCACCUAACAAAAAGUACAAGAAUGCUUUAGGUAAUGCUAUUGGAAUAGAUAUACUUAAUCAAAGGAUAGUGGAUUUAGAAAAAGAAUUGGCGAACCAGAUCGAAAAAUCCGAGAAAAUUUUGAGAGAUUUUGAUACCGCAAGAUAUGCUGCUCAAAAAUACAAGAAUGAAUUAUACGGGCCUGUUUAUAUUGAUGGCGAUCAAAGAUCAAUCAACAAAUUGUUGAGUCACAUUAGUAAAAAUUGCGGUCCUGAUGUACUCAAAGAAUUUAAAAGAACUUGUGAUGCUCAACCUACAGUAUCUCAAAUUUUCGAGUGGCUUGAAGAUUCAGGUUAUUUGAUUCCUGCUAUUCUUCAGGAUUUUCGUGCCACGGAAACAGUUGUAUGGUUAGAUUUGACAUAUACUUUUGAAGCGAUGAAAAAAGAGGCCUCGAACAAGUUCAUUUCAGAAAAUCGGUUCAAACCAACUGAAAAGCAACUUUUGAACCGACAUAUGCUGAUUUCUGGACAAUUGUUGGGUGUAUUUGCAUUACCUAAUAGUUUCCAUCAACUGACCUCAUUGAAAUUGAGUUCCAUUCCUAUCAGAAACACUGACAUCGUAAAUUUGCGAGGUCUUAAGAAAUUGAAUGAAUUAUUUAUUGAUGACACUGGAAUUGGAAAUGAAGCUAUUGCUCACAUUGUAGCGCUCAAGAGGACUUUACGAAAGAUAGAUCUUACAGGAAACAAUGAAAUUGAUGACGACGCAGCUUAUAAUCUUAUUUACUUAGAAAAUAUUGAAAUAAUUUUUUUGGAUGGUACUUCAAUGUCAAUGGAUGGGAUUCGCAAGUAUGUUAGCAUGACGAAAAGUCCAAGGCUCUCGCAAAUAACUAUUCCUAAGGAAAGUCGCAAUUAUCUCAAUCGACGCAAUGAAAUUUAUUGCAUUGAGCGCAAAUAUGGAAUGAUAGAAGAUCCUUCACGCGUACAACAUCUACCGCUUUCCCAUAUUCGAGCACAAUUAAAAUUCCACUAUGAAGUCAACGACAAAAUCAAUAUCACAGGCUCGUUAGAAGAAUUGGCCAAAACAUUAAAAGAUAUUUUGAAACGUCGUAGAGAUGACGCAAAAGUAAUGUAUUUGGCUGGUGGGCGUGAUAAGUAA